UAAAAUGUUCAAUAAUUAAAUGUAACAACCAAACCCAUAAUAUGGGCCAAUGCAAACUUAGUUUCCUUAAAAUUAAAAUAGAAAUCCUUAAUAGCCUUCUUAAGCCCCAAAUUAGAAAUAAAUCUACCCACAGAUGGUAUUAUUGUUGACUUAUAAAAUUUAAAUAGAUCCCUCCUUAAUAACCUUAAACCAUACCUUAAAUACCAAAUACCAUUCCUCCUCAACCUAUGAAUUAAUCUCAGUAAUAAAUUAGGCCUAAUGUCAUUUCGAAUAGAAUCAUACCACAACAAGUAAAAUGUUCUGAUCUUAUGCUGCUAGGAACCUCUUAGAUCAAUUAGAAAUUAGGUGUAACCAUUUUAAUAGUCCCCAUAAUAAUUUAUUAAUAAUGAUAUCCCAUAAUCAAUUAGAAACUAAAAUACUCAAUCUCCUCAAGGUCCAGCAUCGCAAAAAAGCAAUGUCAACCUUUCUGGAUAAAAACCCGCAUUUGUUGAGUAUUUCCCACCAGUCUAUGUUCCUCAUAUUGAGCCAAUGAUUACAUAGACAGUGGUUGAUAAUCCCAUUAAAGUAGUGGACUUAAACAAAUUUGAAGAAAUGUGGAAGAAGCGAAUGCAAGGAAUCGAAGAAUUAUUAGCAGCAAAACAAUAACCUGUAGAACCUGAUCCAUUAGAAUUAAGGGCAGUGCAAAAUGAUGAUAGUGAAAGGGUGAUAGAGCUUGAAAAUGAGCUGUUUAGAACAAAAUAAUAAUUAGAAGAUCGUGAUAAAGAAAUUAUGGAUCUGAAAUCUUAACUAUAAUCUGCAAUUGAACAAUUGGAUUUUGAAAAUUGUAAAUAUAUAAUCUAUAAAUUUAGAAUAAAGUAAGAACUAAGCUUCAAAGUUAAUAUCUGAAUUAUAAACAAAAAUAAGUAAUCUUUAGUUUGAACUCAAACAAUUAGAUUAAAAUUUGGAAAAAUGUAAAAUAGAAAAUUUGUAAUUGAAAAAUGAUGUCUAGAAUUAUAAUAUGUAAUGUUAAAUAAAGGAUGAGACAAUCCAGAAAUUGAACCAGUAAAUAAAAUAAUUAACUUUGGAACUCUGUACAUUAUAUAAUUUUAUCAUUUUUAGAACAAAGCAAGAAUGGAUCUUCUGCUCAAACAACUGAAUUAUCAAUACAAAUAAACACACUAUAAUAAACCAUUUCUAAUUUAAAAAAUGAUUUGUUAUUGAAUUCUUAAUUAAUUGAAAAAUUACAAAGAGAAAAUGGUUAAUUAAGAUAAGACAUCUAAAAUUAUAUUGAUAAAUGUAAUGAUAAGGAUGAAUAUAUUGCUAAAUUGGAGUCAGAAAUAUCAGAAUUAAACUAACAUGUAGAUUCAUUAACUGAAGAAAUAACAACAACUCAAUCAAUAAAAACCUUUGAAGAGGAAGCAAAAAUUUGGAAGAAAAAGUUCAAAGAGCUGAAUGAUAUUUAUCAUGCAUGCUAGGAGAAACUUAUGGUAAAGGAGGCAGAAUAUGAAUCUUUAUAGAAAUAAUAAAGUUCAUAAAAAAUAGUGACAUAAACCACAGUAGUCAAAUCAAGUAGUUCCAGAUAGGUUAAGAAUGUAAUAUCUAACAAUAUCAUUAGGAUUCUGAUUACGUUUCAAGCAGUCUAACUUAAAAUGAUAUAGAAAAAUUGCAAAAUUUGUAAAAACCAUUAUAAUUGUGACAUUAAACAAACAUAUGCCUUAUAAUAA